AAUCAAUGUAAAUAUGAGUGACUAAUAGCGAUAGUGAUAAGCGCCGCAAUUUUACCUCAUCGUUAAAAAAUUUUGUGUUUAAUAGAAGCAAAAAAAAAGUGUUGCGAAAACUUGGCUUAUAAUGUUAAUUAAAUGCACAAAAGUAUAAACGAGCUAUGAAUGAAAUUGCCGAGUUGCCACGCGAAGAGCUAACGAAUGGCAGCUGAUGGUUGGUUGGCUGACUAGCUAGCCUGUGCAUGAAUGAACCAGGAAUGCAAUGAAUAUCGACUAGUUUCUCUGGCUGGCUGGUUGGUUGGGUUUCUAAACGUACCCGAUCACAAAGGCAUGAAGACCUAAAUUUAAAGCCGAUAAUUAAAUUAGAGAAGAGAGCAGAAUCGUAGAGAACUUUAGAACGACUAAAACGCAAACGGUGGUAGGGGAACACGUGCGUCGCAACAAAUACUGCUACUGCUACUACUGUCUGCUGCUGCUACUGUUGUUUGCGCGAGAAGGGUGACCCCCUUUGCUUAUUGGAAUUGAGUGUAAACUUGGUGGACAUGAUUUUCGACUGAUUUGAAAAUAAUACAAAAAACGAGAAGCAAAGAAACUGAGAAGAAGAAUUAGCUACUGAAGAGCAAUUAAGCUGCUGCAUGAAAAAAGCUGAGUGAAAUGAAAACAAAUACAACUACUUUUGUAUGUUAAAAGCAAAAUGUAGUGCCUUUGGAGUGUAAAACUGCUGUGGAUAAUUUUUUUUGUAACGUUAAUGUAGCAACAUACCCUUACGACAUAAAUAUUUAGCUAUAAUUUAUAUACGUUAAAUAAGCAUAACAAUGUCGUUCAUAAAUAAUCUUAAGAAAGUAUUCCACCUUGGUGGUGGUGAGGCGAAAAAGAAACGCCUCUAUAAUAACAUCAAAAUGGACACAGAUCCGGCGGAGUUUUGGGAAAUGGUAGGCGAGUUGGGAGAUGGAGCUUUUGGCAAGGUAUAUAAGGCGCAACACAAGGAACAAAAACGCUUUGCUGCGGCAAAAUUGUGCACAUUAGAAGAUGAAGAGAAUCUAAGUGAUCACAUGGUUGAAAUAGAUAUUUUGUCAGAGAUAAAGCAUCCAAAUAUUGUGGAGUUGUAUGAAGCCUUCUCAAUUGAAGACAAGCUGUGGAUGUUAAUUGAGUAUUGCGAUGGCGGUGCACUUGACAGCAUAAUGGUGGAAUUAGAGAAACCACUCACGGAACCACAAAUAGCCUACGUUUGCCGGCACAUGACUGAAGGUUUAAAUUUUCUACACAAUAAUAAAGUAAUCCAUCGAGAUUUAAAAGCUGGGAAUGUAUUACUAACCAUGGAAGGCGGUGUCAAAUUAGCUGAUUUUGGCGUGUCGGCUAAGAAUAAGCAUACUUUACAAAAGCACGACACAUUCAUAGGCACACCUUAUUGGAUGGCGCCAGAGCUAGUGCUGUGUGAAACAUUUCGGGAUAAUCCUUACGAUUUAAAAGUGGAUAUCUGGUCACUGGGCAUAACAUUAAUCGAGUUAGCGCAAAUGGAACCACCAAAUAGUGAAAUGUCACCGAUGCGUGUUUUAUUGAAAAUACAAAAAAGCGAUCCCCCCACACUGGAUCAGCCAUCAAAGUGGAGUAAGGAAUUCGUUGACUUUCUAAAGAAAGCUUUGGUCAAAGAUCCACAACAACGUCCACCCACAGAUAUUUUAUUACAACAUAAAUUCAUUAAUUGUGAACUAGACGCUAAACCCAUAAAAGACUUAUUAUUAGAAUAUAAAGCUGAAGUUGUUGAAGAAGUUGUCGAUGAUGAUGCUGAGAAGCUUAAACGCCAAGUGAAGCGGCGCUCUCUUUAUCAGAGGGAACCCCGCAACUCGGCGCUCCGGCUCGACCUGGACGAUGACUCUGCCUCUUUGCAGAGCCAAGAUAUUGACAAACUUCCAGGUACCCCAACAUCAGUAUCUAUGGACUCUAAAGAACCAAAUCAAACAAAUAGUAUACCACAAAGUAAACUAUCACAACAACAAGGCGGAGCUGCAGAUAAUGCUUCACCUGUUUUGCAAAAAACUCUUGAAAAUAAUAUAACACCAUCUUCUAAGGGGGCCAAAGAGGAUGAACCAAUAUUUAGCGUUAAUAAUACGCCCAAAGAUAAUGACACGAGUAAUAAGACGCUUUCAACAGCUGGAGUGGCCAGUAAGCAAGCAGUUGCUACCAACACUGCCAACGAAGCUGCUGAUAGUCUUCCUGAGAGAGGCGUUGACGCCGAUAGGAAGAUCACCAAAAAGGAGAAGGGUAAAGCGCCACCACCACCGUCUACUGCUGCUGUAAUCACCAAGCCGACCGAAGCACCAAUACCCACAACGGCAACUGCCCACGCACGCGCUGAGCCGGAGAAGCGCAGCAACGAAGAACGUACACAAGCACCGCUAGCGCCUAUGACGGUGCCCAUCGAGCUGACCAAAAAUGUGGAAAUCGAUGUACAAACAACGCUUGCCGCACAAGCUGCACAAGAGCAAGCGCACGUGCCAGCACCACCAUCGCCGACCACAUCAUCGGCAGCGGUUUCGGUGAAUUCCGCUUCGUCGUCGUCGGUGAAGAGCGGUGCUAUGCUCAGCUCGAGCACUUCGCUCAUCACCAUAAAUAGCGAGGCGUCGCCAACCGGCACGCCAACUCGUGCAUUCAACAAUCAGGCACAACAACAACAACAAAAUAUAGUUCAUCCCAAUAGCUUGGAAGCUGGCGUCAGUCAGAUAAGAGUCGUGACCAGCACGCAUCCACCGGUCAUAAUUGACAAUUCAGUGCCGGCUGCCGCUGCUGCAGUGCCGCAAAGUGAAGUGAUCAUUGUUUCGAAUGAUUUGAAUAAGAGCACACAUGUGCCGGAAUCUUCAACUGAUGAUGAUUUCACUUCCUUCGAUGACAGUCUGGGCGAUUCACCGCUAUCACCCCGUCAGUCAUCCAUGAUAGUGGCCGUUUGCGAGGAGAACACCGAGGAAACGGACAAGGCUGACAUAAACACCGAAAGUAAUCAGUCCAUACACGGUAAAGGUUCGCGUGCGCGCAAAUUAGACGAGAGUGAGGUGCUAAUAGUUAGCCCAUCUUAUGUGGAUGAUGAUUCUGCGUACAAUACAGCCACCGGCAGUCACGAACACAGCGAACAUCUAAUGGACACUAGUCACGUGUCUGUUGUGACUGUUGGCGAUGAGAUCAAAGUCAAGGAUAGUAGUCAUCUAAGCACCGAUCAAUAUGAUACGACACUCAGCAACGACAACAACAAUCUGAAUAAUCAACGACCAUUCAUAAAGAAUCACAAUAACAACAACCACCAAAACGGCCAAAUUAUCGCUGGCACAUCGACCGAAGAUGUAAAUAUUAUUAUAAAUCGUAAUACACCACAAGACAUUGGUGUCGGCAAACGACCGUCACCGGAUAAUAGCGUCGGUUCUAUGGAUUCGCGUACAUUAAGCGAUAGCGGUUCGUUGCGUUCGAGUGGCGGUGUGGUACGACGUGCUGUCGGCUUGAAUAUUGCAACGGUUGAUCAGAGUGACGUUGAGAGUAUCGGCACCACAACUAGUCAUGAUAGUCGUAAUGAGGCGGAGACACCCAUAAUGGGCACGAAGAUACCCGAAGAUGAGGAAGUUGUCAUACGACGUAAACAGGGUGCACCGAAGAUAGCACCCACUGGGCCGACUAAAGAGGAAAUCGAAUUACGUAAUCUACGUAAGAAGACACGAAAACGUACGCGAAAAUUCGAAAUCGAUGGUGUACAGGUGACGACCACCACCAGUCGUGUUAUAUACGGUGACGAGGAGUCGGGCAGACUAUACGAUGAUCAUGUGUUCCGCAAGCAAGAGUUGCGUGAAUUGAAAAUGUUGCAAAAGCAGGAGAAGAAACAGCAAAACGAUUUGCAAUUGAAGGAGCAAAUAGCGCGUGAGCAACAGGAUCGUCGUUUCGAGCAGGAGCGCAUUUCGCUGGAGAAGACGUACGAAGCGGAUAUGGAUACUUUGGCACGACAACAGAAGCAGUUGAUUGAGCGCACGGAACAGGCUCAGGAGAGUGAGUUGCGUAGCUCAUCGAAACGCAUACGUUCCGAUCAAGAACAGGAAUUGAAAAUCUUCCGUGAGAAUUUGAAACAAGAAAUCCGUUUGCUCAAACAAGAGGUGGACUUGCUGCCCAAAGAUAAACGUAAGGACGAAUUCAAGCAACGUCGUUCCGCCAUGGAGCUGGAUCAUGAGGAGAAAGAGCGCGCCUUCCUGGAUUCGCUCAAAGAACGCCAUGAAUUGCUAUUGCGACGCUUAAGCGAAAAGCAUCGCGAUCAUCUUGCCACCAUCAAUCGUAAUUUCCUACAACAAAAGCAAAAUGCCAUGCGUACACGCGAAGCGUUACUUUGGGAAUUGGAGGAGAAGCAAUUACACGAACGCCAUCAGCUGUCCAAGCGCCACGUCAAGGAGUUGUGCUUCAUGCAACGCCAUCAAAUGAUUGUGCGACACGAAAAGGAAUUGGAUCAGGUGAAGAAAAUGUUGCAACGCAAAGAGGAGGACAUGAUUAAGAAGCAGGCACUGGAGAAGCGCGCGCUGCCAAAGCGUAUACGUGCCGAACGCAAAGCGCGCGAUUUGAUGUUCCGUGAGUCAUUGCGCAUAUCCACGAAUCUGGAUCCAGAGGUCGAGCGAGAACGUCUUAAGAAGUUCCAAGAACAAGAAAAGAAACGCUACACGUUAGAGGAGCGUCGAUUUGAAAUUAAACACCAAAAGCAGUUGGAGGAAUUGCGCGCCACACGUGAGGGUGCGAUAAGAGAACUCGAACAGCUGCAGAAUGAAAAACGCAAAGCUUUGGUCGAACACGAACAGGCCAAGCUAACAGACAUCGAUGAGCGCCUAAAGGCUGAGUUGCGUGAAUGGAAGGAGCAAUUAGUACCUAGAAAGCAGAAGCUUAUCGACACGCUUAACGCCAUGUCUGAGCGUUUCGAGCAAAAAUAUGGUCCUAUACCCGAACGCGUGCCCUUCACCAAGCAAGAUAUUGAGGUGCCCCUGCAGCUACGCGGCUUCUUCAAUGACGCGCCACGCACGCUACCGCGCGGCCUCUUCCUCAGCGACAAUCAAAUGUUACGUUCACGCACCUACUUUACGCUCUCAUCCGAUCCGCGUGCCAAAUUCACCGGCUCCACACCCGAUCUGAGUCGCAGCGUGCCCACCACACCGAUUUUUCGCAAAUUUGCGCAACCGAAACUGCGCAGCGACAGCUUAGCGCUCGAGCGCGCGCCCAAAUUACGUGAGCAACGCGCCAGCGAGGAUAUUGUUGAGUUGCGGCAGGCGCACGGUGUGCUCACGCCACGUUUUGCAGCCGCUGCUACGGUUACAGCGGCGCCAACAACAGCGGCUUUAACAACGGCAACAACUACCACCAACGACAGUAUCGAUAUGCCAAGCGCGGCUGGCCAAUUGAAGGCAAUUAAUGUGCAGACACCUACACUCGGCGCCAGUCGUCAAGUGGACACCGAACGGCCGACGCUUUCGACUUUUCGCAGCACAAUGCCGCCGCCAACAAGUCAAUAUGCCACUACUACAACAAAGUCAUCUCGUGCGCCAUUGCGUGAUGCGGAUAUUGUGCAUGAACGCUUCAACAAGAGAGAUAAUGCAAGAGUUGUUGACCCAACAACCAAAGCAGCAGCAUCUGCAGCAACAACAACAAGCGAAACCGAAUUGCGUCAACAAGCGCAAAAUCUGCUUUACUCCUCAUCGUUUGCCAUAAAACGGCCCUCACUGUAUGGCAGCGGUCGCUCCUCGCUGGGCAGCACACAAUCGCUCUACGACAUUUACGAGGGCAGCACGCGCUUCAGCAACAACAACGAACACACAGCGCCAGUGUCACCGCCGCCGCCGUCCUUGGGGUUGGCGGGCAAGCGUGCGAGCGCGCUGUUGGACAGCAUUGAGCCCUCGUUGCGCGCCUCCAUCAAGUUGAGCAGCGUGCAGGAGCUGCAGAAUUUGGAUGAUAACGAGGUGAAAUACACGAUACCGCGAAUUGGCACAACCGAUAGGAAGUCGAAGAAAAAUAAAGCGUUCAGUCCGUUAGAAGAGGAUUCAAUGGCUUAGAGCAACGUCUGCGUGUGUGUGUGCACAAAGCGUAGUAUACGUGCGGACAUGCAAAUAAUAAUAAAAUAUGUGGCUUAUGCUAAGAGAAACGCAAAUGAAAUUCAUAACUGUAAAUUUUAAGUCCAUUUAAUACGCAAACGUAAAGAAAGUGAUUUCUAAAAGAAAGAAAUGAAAUGGUUUACAAGUGUACUAUCACUCCCAACUACUUACAUCGCAUAUCUGCAUACAUACAUAUUCAUGCUUUAAAUAAUUGCUGCUGCAUAAGACAUCGUUGUACCCACAUAUGUGUUGACACUAACUUUUUUCGUUUGUUUCCUAUGUUUUUUGUAUUUGUUCGGACACACUCCUUUACAUUGACCAUUCCACGGCACUGCCAUACAUACAAACAUAACUGCGUGUAUGUGUGUUGGACACUAACUGCUGUAACUGUGCAUAAAUACAUGUAUAUACUGGUGUGUGUGUGUGCGUUGGUGUGUUUUAGCAUGUAACUACACUAUGUAACAACUAUGUAAAUAUGCUUCAUACAAGCAAUUUUCAUUAUAUAGUGUAAGUGCAUUAGGAAAAACGUUGCCAUAUUUUUAAAAAUUUUUUCUGUGUAAUUAAAUACCAAACAGCGCUAUGCGUAAAUCUAAACAUUCCAAA